GUGAUAUUCGAGAGAGCAGUUAACUUCUCGAACGCAACUUGUGUCAUCAUUUGGCUGAAGGCAGCGGCACUGUUAACGCUGUUCAGUGGUUCACGAUGGCCAGCUUUCAAGCUCUCCUGUUUCUUGGAAUUGUGUUCGGAGCUGAGCUUCAAUUUGCAGAGCCGCGAAUAACCAACCAUCCCGCGAUAAAGAGGCAAUUUGCUACAAACGAUGCUCCGAUAGUUGCAUCCGAAUCAGCUACACUUUACGAUCAAUCAGCUACAAAGAAGUGUACCCCUAGCGCCGAACUCAAAACGCAGUGCAACAGCGAAUUAGAGCUUAAUAACUACGACACCACUGCUGACUGGAUAGCCAAGCCUGACACAGCAGACCUGAAGUGGAUCGAGAAGUGCAUUGCCAACUACUAUUGCUUUGAAAAGAAACAGGGAGCAGACGAAUGGACCUCGAUCCCUACCUUAGCGGACGCUCUGGGAACGGAGUACAUGGAAAAGGCCGCGAAGCGCGCCAAGCAAUUCUUUGUCCGUAAUAACGACUGGGAUGACUCCAAGACGACGUUCAAGGUUGAUGACCAAUGCACCAACCUGCUGUACGUGACCGCGGCACGGUACCUCCUAGUAACGCAAGUGCUAUACGAAGUUAGCGAGGGAAGUCUAACCGUGUGCGAGAGAGACCUUAACGGAAAGACAAGAAUCCCAGCCAACGUGUGCUACCCACCGAACUACGGAAGUCAGACGUGUACCUCCGACUACGAUGUCGGCCUCGUCGGACCAGAGUCGGGCAACAUUGCUGCUCUGUUUAACGAGUACUUCCAAGACGCAGAGAAAGGUUUUGGGAAGCCGUCCGAAGAAGUGUUUGACACUAACAUCUACGCAUACACACUCGAAUAUGCCAUGCCCAGCAUUUACAGCGGCCUCAAGCAGGAUUUUAUCGAUGGAGUUAACAAGAGAGAGGGGUUAUCCAAGUACAAGAUGCAAGAGAUCGCGAGCGCCAUAUUCAAGGUGUACAAGUACAAGCAAGAGUUCGGAGAUCAAUUAGUUAACACCGCUAAGGAACAUCUACCGAAGAUCUGGGGCAAGCAGCUUAACGACUGGUACAGACUCUUUUUGGUCUGGAGUAAAGAUGUGGAAAACGCCAUCAGGACAGAUGAGUCCGAGAACUUCCGCGAGAGGCACAACAAGAUUUAUCAGAUGCUGGUAGGCAGUGUGGCGGAGGCAUCGCGAGAUGUAGGUCUCCCUGCUGAACACAUGGCACAAGUCAGUCUGGCGCUGAUCUACGCUGCGGAGGCGUACCACACACGAGGAGCCAUCAGACAUAUCGUCGGCGUCACGCAGAUGAAGAACCAAGACAUCGAGAACUCGUUGACUCUGUGGGACUUUUGGACUUCGAUGCUUGAGAACUGGGGAGAUUCCAUCAAGGAGCACCACCACUGUACCUCGGAUAACAUCAACGUAGAGGCAUGCCUGGUUAAGAUGAGCAAGUACAUAUGGCGGUUGUUCCUUGCUAUGGACAAGAUCAAAGGGCUGCUGGGUAGCAAUGGUGACAGCCUUAUGGACAUCAAGCCCGCGCUCGACCUCAUGUCUCACUGGCUGUACGACCUGAAGAAGAAAGGCAUAGGGAGUAUCCCGGCACAAGAAAGGAUUGACCUUUCGAAGCCAGCCAAGGAUUACGUGCCGGUCUUCCUGGGUUACUUCAAGUGCUCCACAGAUAGACGUGGUCAGCAGCUCUCAGAAGAGUGCUUAAAGAAAAUGCAGGGUCAGGUUGGCGCCUACCACGUUACUCUGGCAAUCCAGAUAAAGAAGGGAAACCUGAAGGCAAUUGCCACAAAAUAAUACCCUGUACCUUGCAAAUUUACAAAUAAAUAAGCAGGCCCAUCAA